AUGAAAAAUUGUUUUAAUGGAAGGCCUACUUCAGACUUUAGGUGGCUUGUCCAAACUCACGGAAAUCGUAUGCAUUGGUCUUCAGCUUGGGUGAAGUUACAUUUUACAGCUGGUCUGAAAACGACUCAGUUAAGCGAGUCUUUCAAUGCUUUUCUUCGUGGAUUUCUGCAGCCAGACCAUUCACUUGUUCGAUUCUUUAGUCAUUUCAACAUUAUGGUUCAGAGAAUGAGGGAUAAUCAUGCUGAGUUGGACUUCAAGGCUGCAAAUACUAGAACAAAAAAUAAUUAUCCUAACAGUCAUCUGAUGCGGUCCGUUGUAAACAAGCACACACCGGCUUGCUUUGCAUUUAUUCACAGGCAGUAUGACCUUUCCUUCAAAUACUAUUAUGAGGAGGACACAGCAAAAGGGUCUGCAUUGAACAAGUUUUUCAAAGUUUUCACAAUUGAAAAGGUUGAUGAUAAUUAUGAUGAUGUUGAUAAUGAUAAUGACGGGCCUUCCAAUGUCGAUGUUUUGGAUGCAGAACUUCAAGAAAACUUUUUCCCAAGUUUUGAAGAUCAUGAUCGACUUGAUGAAAGGGUUGUCACAGUUGACAUUAGAAGCAAAAGUUUUAGUUGUUCAUGUCGUAUGUUUGAGAACAGGGGCUUUUUAUGUCGACAUGUUUUGAAGAUCUUGGAGUUCUUAGGUGGUUAUGUGCAAUAUCAUUUUUUGAAGACAAUACCUGGACAAUAUGUUUUAAAGCGUUGGACUAGAGAUGUGCGUCCGUCUGUUGAUAAGCUGAAAUCUACCAUCAAUGUUGGCACUGAAGACACCACUCAAGCACAACGAUAUCAACAAAUUUGUGCUGUUACCGUUCAGCUUUCUACACGUUUUUGUGCAGAUCCGGAGGCAUCUGAAAUUUUUCUCGACGGUGUUCUUGAAGCUGGGAAAAAGGCAGAGGAGUUGCUUCUUUCUAAAGGUAUUCGUACAGACCCAUCUUAG